CGAACAUUGACACCAACGACGGCGAGUUCAAAUCACGACUACGUACGAGCGACGAAGAACCAACAUCACAAACGGCGUCGCGAUAUAUCAUCAUCUUUACUAUUCAUCAUCGUCCGGCACUCGCUUCGCGAGCGCUCCACUUGCUCGCGGGUCUCGUCUUUCUGAACCCCUCUUCGUCUCGUGACGUCUCGUCUCGGAAGACCGCAGAGAGGAGUGAGGCGUAACAGACGUAGCAGCCAUCGCCCCGACUACAGCCGCAAAGCAAUGACGACGGCCCGUCUCACCAUCAACAGCGACGCUUAGGUCAGCCUUCCAGCUGCAUACACGGCUACCCAUUCUCCUCGUCCUUCAUUCUCAUCCUUGCUCCUGCCCAGCUCAUGACCUGGACGCAGCAGCCGGACAACGUCGAGUCUCAUCAUCAUUAUCCUUCUUCCAGCCAGGCAAUGGACCUGCUGAAUCCGCGACACCACUUCAGCAGCAGCAGCAGGCAUCGGCGCAAUAGCACCUCUGCCGCAAGCGCAUCGACGUCCCCAUCACCGCGGCUGCGUCACAGCCCCUUGCUCUCGCAGGGCAACGUCAGCGACAGCACCGACUCCAUUCUGACUGACCCCUCGGCGGCGCACCAGCAGCAUCGUUUGAGAAAAAGCAAGUCCAAGUCGCGCCUUCUGUCGAAGCAGAGGAGCUCGGGCGAGCUGUCCACGAAAUCGGCUAGCGCUGCCGCAGCAGCUGCUGUUACUGGGAACGGCGGAUCGCCUGCUCUUGAGGGAGGGCAUACGCUGGCGAAGAGCAGAAGCGGGUCUUUCUUUGGUUUGCUGCGUCCAGUCAGCAGCAAGCAGCGUAUGAAUGCUAGCUGGAUCCCGACGGAGCCAAUGCCACAGCUUCAGGCAGUCCACGGCGUCGAGAAUGCCAACGUCAAUGGCUCCAAAGCGAGGCAGCCUAGCGAGCUCGUAGCAUCUCGUCAGCCAGCUACAGAUGUGGCGAGCAAUGGUGCGCAAGGCUUGAUCCCCCUGCCCUCAUUCGAAGGCAUUGGCAGCUUCGACGUAUCACAUUGGUCUCAACCAGACGCAGUCUCCAAUGAGCAGACGCAGUCCACGAGCAGCACAAUGCCAACCUCCUCGAAGCCCUCCAUCGCCCGAUCGCAAGCAAUGGCGCGCGACACCUCGUCGAAUCUCGACAUACCCAGCGACGGCCCUCCAGGCUCCGCCAUGUAUGCCACAGCUCCACCUUCAAUAGCCGGCACAGACACUCCAAGCGGUCACGACAGCCCAGCGUUGGACGCAGAGAGGAAGAUCAAUUCAGCCUCUGCAUCAAGAGGGCCGUCGUUUGCAGAUGAUACGCCCAGGCCCGCUCAGGCGUCGGACGAGGAUGCGAGAGAUGCGGGGCCGUCCUCAAAUGCGAGAGUUUGGCAGAGAGCUGUCAGCCAGGAGGCUGCGACCACAGCAGCCGGUAUACACUCGGGAGAACCAAGCUCGAGCUUGAGCGGGAGCGGAAGCGUGGCAACACCCUCGACGUCACUCAAAGAGAUCCGACGUAAAGCUGCGCAACGAGCCAGUGCCCUGCCAGCGCUCGACGUCUCGGCUGCCGACGGUAUAGCAGUUCCUGCAUCUUCAUCGCUGGGCGUCUCGAGCUCACCCUCACGAGCGCGGUACUCAGGCUUGAGCCCUCGAUCAGCAGGAGGAGGUAACAUGCUCGGCGACGAGUCCGAUGGAGACGAGGCUAAUCGCGAGCUCAUGGAUGAGGACCUGGAAGACGACCUCCCGAACACCCGCCGCGCUCGUCGUAAUGAUCGACGCAUGACAAUGAUGGACUUCCUCAGCGCCGAGCCCCCAGCUUCAUCAUCAGCGCCAGCGCCACGUUCUGCCUCAGGACCAACUCUGUCCGUCGCCCGCGGCGCGGCUGGUGGACCCUCGUCUCUGGUUGUCCCUGGCCCGUCUUCGUCACCCAAUCGACCACGACCGCGACCAGUGUCUAUGGUAGCCAGCUCGCCUGUGCGCGAGCGUGAUGCUAGCCCUAGCGGUGGUGGGGCAGGUAUGUCAGCGAUGGAGUUUCUGGCUGCCACUGAGCCUCCCACAGCCACUGCCGCCAGUCAUGACUCGCCACUGGAGUCACGCCAGUCAGCAGCUGACCAGCUCCGUGCAAUUGCCAAAGCGCAAGAGAAGGAGGCGCGUAGGAAGAAGAGGGAAGAGCAGCGCGCGCGUGAGGUAACUCUUUCGAUUGAUCCGAUGGUGGACACGGUCAAUAUGUUUGGAUCCACGCAGACCAGCGCCAACUACUCGCUGUCAGGCCAUGUCCUAGUCACCGUACCGCGUCCGCAACGAUCAGCUGAUCCGUCGAGGCCGGUCACCGUCAAAUCUCUGACGCUCACCUUCUCUGGCUUCUCCACGUACGCCGAUCUCUCUGGUCGCUACUCCGGCAUCAAGCUGUGCGAGGUUCCGCAGGAGCUUCUCGCUGACGAUGCCACGCUGCCGCUAGCUUCCGACCUUGAAGCGGACGAGACAACAAGCAACGAGCCACUCCGCUACAAGAUUCAAUUCGACCUCAACAUCCCCGGCUGGUUGCCUGGCUCAGCCUACUCGCGCUUUGGUGCCACCUUCUACUGCGUAGGGGCCUCCGCUGUCGUGCUGAAUGCGCAAGGUGCGCCCUCAACCGUCACCACAGAGAGACAUAAUUUGACUGCCGAGCCCGAGUCGAUGAUGGUCGGCGAGCAUGGUGAGCUUCUACCUACGACGUCUAGCCCGACGCAGCACGUGCAGCAGCUGCCAGACCUAGACCUCGGUGGGUCGUCGAGUCAGCGGAACCGAGGCAGGGAAAGCUGGCUCAGCAAGCGCGCGAAGCAGCUCUCCCUCAAAGCUCGCACUUCAUCCACCUCAGCCAAUGAGAGCGGAGAGCAGCAGCGCAACGUCUCUGGAGGGUCACUUGUACCGCCUCACCGCCCAUCGCUUUCUGCUCGACUUGAUGGAGGAGGGACGAAGCGCCAGGCAGAUGGUACGCUGCUGGUCAAGAGCAACAAGUAUUUGAUUGUGGUGCGGAGGUGUCGUGACGUGAUCCCAGUGCCCGUGGCAAGACUCGCAGUUGUAGGCGACUCGCUACCUGCCGGGGCGCAGGAUCCUCCGCCGGCGAGACAACAGGCUGAGUCACAGCAGCCACCUCAACCUGUCAGAGAGCAGCGCGAAUUGCCACCCGUGCCAGAGGCAACGCCGGCGCCGGCGUCUACCACUCUUGGUCCUGCUGUCGUUGCUCAGAGCACGCCAACCUUCAGUAGCACGAGCACGCCCGCCAUGGCGCCUGCAAUCGAGCCAGCAGCAGCUCCUACCACAGUGUCUGCUCCCCAGCCGGCUGUACCUGACAGAGCUCCACCAGCCCCCCUGCCCAUUGCCCCCAGCGCUCUCAACGGCCCGACCGACCCAUCGAAGCAGGCAAUGGCGGCUCGUCAUCCUCCUCCUCCCCCCGUCCGGACCAGCUCCGCCAUGGGUGCAACACACGAAUUUGGCGCCCAACCGGGCUCAAAUACAGACAAUGCAGCUUCCUCGACCAAUAACGGAGCCCCGCCGAUGCGUCACUUCCUGCAUCGUCCCAUCCUUCACCCACCGAUCGACUCCGGCAUUGAGGAAGGAGACGGACUGCCCUUCAGCCUAACCAUCUCCGUCCCAUCGCAUAUUCAAGUCCAGAAUGCAGAGAUUCUCACCUUCGGCAUCCAAGUCGAGGUUGGUCGCACCCCUGGCUGGACCAAAGUGCGCGAGUUGGGCGGCUUGAGGUUGAGGGACAUGGAGCUCAUGUGCACCCAGUCUGAGCGGCACACAUCUGUACCUUCGCGCACUUUCUGCGCAACAUUCCCCGUGCCACCCGAGCCGAAGAUCAAGGCCGUAGAGUUACCAGUUCUGCCGGCAUACACGCCGCCGAUGGGAAACAGGCCGGUGGAAAGCUCUCAGGAGGUCCGCGUGAGGUCAGCGUAUGACCCUGAGCCGAUGAGGAGCCAUCUGGCAUUGCUUGAUAGUGGACGCAGGCUGACGUCGGAGGAGAAUGACGUGGAGCGCGUGAGGAGUAAUGUAGUGGGGCCGCCACCGAGCUUCCAGCAGAAGGACAAGGAGAGGGAAGGCCAACAGGGCACCUCUGCAGAGGCAGGUGAUCGCAAAGGCAAGGGCAAAGAAAAGGGAAACAGACGUAAGUCUCUCGUUCCCGUCGGAGGCAACAAUGGCAGUGGCAGUGGCAGCGCUGGGCCGUCGAGAACUCAUGGCGGUGUAGCCACACCACCGCCGCCUGUUCCCCCUCUGCCUACCGCCGUCGAGCAGACGUCGUCCUCGUCCUCAGCCGCAGCAUCUCAAAGUACGGCAAGCACCAUCCGGUCGGAGGGCCUUCAGACGCAGCAGCGCGAGCUCUUCGCUGACGCACAAGGUCGUCGAGGCUCCUCAAGCAUUGUCCGGGGGGCCUCUCCCAGCCGCGCACCUGCUGCAGAAGGACCAGCACCCGCUCUUGCUCAGCCUCAAAGCUCCUCUCUUCCGCUCGCCCCUGCUGGAGCUCCGACCCCUCGUCGGCCGAGCGGCCCGCCUCUUGCCAUUCCCCAAGUCACCACGGCAAGCGGGGCAGUCCUACAAUCUUCUGCUCCUCUGUCCGCCUCCGUCUCCGUGGGCAACGGCAGCAGCAGCAGCAGCAACUCACCUACAACACCGAGGCGGACAGGGCGCGGUCGACGAGCCUACGAAGCUGCGGUGCGGGGCCUCAGCACCUUUGCGACGGCAGUCAUGGAAGGUGGAUACGAGGAAGGCGCUUCCGGCAACGCAGGCAACGGCAGUGGACCCAACGGCUCAGCAGUCAUAGGCUCGAACGGCGGCAUCGGUGGUGGUCUCGAUCAACUCGAUGUAGACCAACCGCGAGCCACCUACAACUUCAGUGGUGACGACUCUCACGGGGUGGAUCUCACCAAGGGCAGAAUCCGCAUGACGGUCAACCUUCCUCUCGUUCCAUCAUCUGCUUCUGCAGCCCGUCGUGAGGGCACACCUCAACUCCUGUCAGACUAUGAAAGCCCGCACAUGCGCAUUCGCCACAAGCUGAAAGUCAAGCUCGGCUUCGGUUUCGGAGCCAAGCCCCUUGGAGGCGAAGGCGAAUGGGGUCAAGCCCUUGUAAUGUGUGUCCCUGUGCGUUUCACGGAGGCUCCGCCUAGGGAGGUCAGGGAGCAAUUCGCUCCGAUGCCCAUUACUGUAACCACGAGUGGGCAGGACUCCGAGGAUGGUGGGCCAGGCAGGACAACCUUGCAGCCGCCUAUGAUCAGUAUGGGUGCGCCAGGUGAUGCUCCUGUGCUGCCGGCUUAUACGCAGCUGUUCAGGGACGAUGGGUCGAGAUUGAACGAGGCCGAGGACUUGCCUGCGUACCCUGGUCCAAGGCAGGCCAUUCCCGCUCCUGCUGCUGCCGUCCCUGCAGGUGGACGCCCUGCUCUUCCCCAUCGUGGUUCCGUCACUGGGCCGAUGACGCCCAGGCUGGGAACGAGGGUUGCUAGCUUGGGAGACUUGACGGCUGCCGCGGCAACGGCUUCAAGUAGCGCAGCCAUGCCUCAAUCGCCUGGACCCUCUGCAGUCAUCGCUGGCUUCAAUUCCCUCGCACCCGAAUCAGUGGUGGACGAAGCCAUUCGCGGUAUCACGGACCCAGAUGAGUCUCUGGCAGCGAUGCGCGAGCAGGAGCGGGAACUGCGGGAGCUUUCUGCCGGCGAAGAGGAGGACGGGGAGGACGAUGAUGCAGAGAACAGGGAAGAAGUAGCAGUAGCACGCCCACAGCGCCCAACGCUGGGAUCGCGCGCUCCAACCACACUUGUGGAGAUGGGGACGGCUUCCAACGUGGGCUUCGCGUCUGCUGCUGAGGACGGUGGGAACGGAGACGCGGGAGACGACACCGUCAUUGUGGGCGAAGCAGGACACGAGGAUGAGGACAGGGUGAGGGAGAUGGAAGAGGAGCUGGGAAUCUGAGCUUGCGUGGCACGGGCACCAAGGAGCGGAUCGUGAUGCCUUUGAAGGGAGACACGCGGAUUUGUCUUCUAUCCAAUAGCUUGUCUUCGGGUGACCUACACAUCUAGGUUGCCGUUGUCUUUUACUAUACUCUUCAUUCUCACCUCUCUGGCCCUUCACCAAGCUGCUAUUUUAUUGAACAUGACGCUACC